ACAUCUAACUCGACGUAAUGUCGUGCUAAAUCCGCACAUCACACAAGAAUUGGUAAGAUUCAGAGUUAAAAUGCUAUGAAGCGCUUUGCCAAUUUCACAACGUGACGAAAAUAACUCGCCUUUUGAUUGACUCGCGAAUGCGCGCACAUAUUUCAUUCCCGCUGCUCGUCAAUACCCAGUAUUCGCUGCCAGCUUUCCUUUGAAUUAGUGCUAGCCCGUGGUCGACAUGCGGUGCUAUUACGAGGUGCUGAAUGUUCCACGAGACGUUGAAGACGCCGACAUCAAGAGCGCCUACAAGAAACUCGCACUGCGAUGGCAUCCAGACAAAAAUCUUUCCAAUCCAGAUGAAGCAAAGGAGCAGUUUCAGUUAGUACAGCAAGCAUAUGAAGUGCUCAGUGAUCGACAAGAACGCGCAUGGUAUGACAAUCACAGAGAGCAAAUUCUGCAUGGAUCCAACAAGGACUUUGAGGAUAAUUGCCUAGAUGUAUUCCAGUAUUUUACAUCUUCUUGUUACAAGGGCUUUGGAGAUGAUGAUGCUGGUUUCUAUACAGUUUAUAGAAAUGUGUUUGAACAGAUUGCUAAAGAAGACAUGGAGCAUAUGGAUAACAAAGAGGAAUUUACUACUAUUCCUAUGUUUGGUAGUGCAGAGAGUGAUUAUGAAAUGUUUGUUAGACCUUUCUAUGCUUAUUGGAUGUCAUACAGUACAAAAAGGAGUUAUGUAUGGCUGGAUCCAUAUGAUAUUAAAGAAACAAGAGAACGCCGCAUUAUUAAACUCAUCGAAAAAGAAAAUAAAAAGGUGCGGGCGAAAGCGAAGAAGGAACGCAAUGACGAAGUGCGUAAUUUAGUUGCAUUUGUAAGAAAAAGAGAUAAGAGAGUUCAAGCAAAUGUGAAAUUUCUAGAGCAAAAAGCAAAAGAAAAUAAAUUGAAAGCUGCAGAACAAGCAUCACAAGCAAGGAGAGAAAGAAGAGCAGAGAGUAAAAAAGAAGUGCAAGGUGAAUGGAGUAAAUUUGACAAUGUUCAAGAGGAACUAGCAAAUAUUGAGAAGCAAUUAGCUGAGGAGUUUGAUGAUAAAGAUGAAAGUGAAGAAGAGUUGGAUGAUUUGUACUGUGUGGCUUGUAAUAAAGUAUUCAAAACACCUAAAGCCUUUGCCAAUCAUGAAAGCAGUAAGAAACACAAGGAAAAUAUUGAGAGACUCAGAGAAGAAAUGUUGGAAGAAGAUGAAGAGUUUGAGACUAUAGAUGAUGAAGAAGAUUUAUCCAAUGAUGGAAGCCUCAUGGAUGCUGAAUUAAAAAGUGAUAAUUCAGAACAUGCAGCAGUGAAAAGCGAUGGUGUUACUAAUGGAAAUUUAUCCAAUGGGAAUCUUUCUGAUUUAAAUAGUGAAGAACUUGAAGAAUUAGAAGAGGAAGUAAUAAAAACCAAGAAAAAGAAGAAUAAAAAGAGCAAACAAAUUAGAACAAUUCAAAUCAAUUCCGAUGAUGAAUCUGUAGACUUGUCUGACUUAGAAACUGCAAGAAAAACAAAACGAAAAACCAAUCAUACAGAAGUAGAAUCAUCCAAAAUAGAAACACAACCAAAUUUAGAAGAAAAUCCUACUGCAGAAGGACCAGAUGGUGAUGCGGACGAUGAUACCAGUGAGAUUACAAACGGAAAAGCAGCAUCAAAGAGAUCCAAACGACGAAAAGACAAAAAAUCUAAACCAACUCCAUCUAUAGACCUAGAAAUAAACAAAGGAAAUGCAAUUGAUAUUGAACACACAUGUGUAACAUGCAAAAAUGUAUUCACAUCAAAGAAUAAACUAUUUGACCACUUGAAAAAGACAGGACAUGGCGUGUACAUAGCACCUGAAGACAAAACAAAGAUGAAAGAGAUGAUAAAAGACAAGGGGAAGACGAAAAAGAGCAAACGCAAAGAAACGUGUUGACGAUAGUGAUUAAAAAUGAGUUUACGAAGUCAAAGGAGAACGACGGCUAAUGCGACAUUUCUUGAGAUUCGGUUUACGCCAUUUAUCAAAAAUGAGUGAAAAAAUCAAUUACCCUUCAGCCGAGCGCAAUAAGAUCUACAUUCUGGACGUCCUCAAAAAACAUUUCGACUCUUCUCGUCCC